AUUUUCUUUUUGCCUAUGUUUGAGAGCUCUCUUUCAUUUGUUACUAGCUUCAAUUUUUUGUUUUCUAACUUUCUCAAUGUCUGCUAUAAGCUACAUUAAUAAAAUUCUAGUUUUUCUUCUCCUAUCAAGAAUAUCACAUCCAGUUGAAGUAUCAAAUAGCUGUAAUUUAUUUCAAGGAAGUUGGGUUUUUGAUGAUUCUUAUCCACUUUAUGACUCCUUGCAAUGUCCAUUUAUAGACCCAAGUCUCAAUUGUAUCAAAAAUGGAAGAACAGACAAUUUAUACCUCAAAUACAGAUGGCAGCCAAAUGAUUGUGACAUGCCGAGGUUCAAUGGUGAUGAUUUCCUGCAAAAGUUUAGAGGCAAAAGCUUCAUGUUUGUGGGGGAUUCCUUGAGCAGCAACCAGUGGCAAUCACUAGCAUGCAUGCUUCAUGCUGCAGUUCCAAAUUCUAAUUACACAUUUGACAGAACAAGGAACCGUUCCGUUCUCUCAAUCCCGGAGUUUGACUUCACAGUCACAUUCUUGAAAGACGGAUUUCUUGUUAACCUAGUGGUCGAGGAAGCUGGACGAGUUCUCAAGCUCGACUCUCUCAGCAGUAGCAAACAAUGGAAAGGAAUUGAUGUCUUAAUUUUCAACAGCUACCAUUGGUGGAUACAUACAGGACAUAGACAAACAUGGGACUACUUUCAAGUUGGUGACAAACUUUACAAGGAUAUGGACCAUAUGGAAGCAUACAAGAUUGCUUUAACAACUUGGGCAAAUUGGGUUGAUUCCAACAUUGAUCCUGCCGUGACUAAAGUGUUCUUCCAAGGAAUUUCUGCUAUUCAUUUCCGUGGCAAGGAUUGGGAUGAACCAACUGUGCAGGACUGCAGUGGACAAACAAAACCAAUAGAAGGCUCAACUUAUCCAGGUGAAAGAUAUCCAGGAGAAGCAGUUGUGAAGAGUGUCCUAAGUAACAUGACAAAACCUGUGACUUUACUUGAUAUUGCACUGCUUACACAACUACGAAAAGACGGACACCCCGCGGGAUUUGCCAGUGGCACAAAUACUGAUUGCAGCCACUGGUGUGUAGCUGGUGUUCCAGAUUCUUGGAAUGAGCUAUUGUACACAAUCUUGCUCCAGAAAUGAUUUUCUGAAGCUAUAGUGGAUUUGUUCUUUAAUCAUGAAUCUCAAUCUCAUAUAUGAAUGAAAUUUGAUGAUUUGGUGGCUUCCCCGCAUA